UCAUAUUAGGUUUGUAAUUUUAGGACAGACAGCUACUUCCUUAUGUGAGCUGGUCACGUGGUAACUACCAGCGGAUUUUAAUAUGGCGACGGUCAGGAUGUACACUUAACAUUAAAUAGUUUCACCGUAUUUACUACUGGGACUUUAUUAUACCAGUGCAUGACGGGCCACUGCCGAUAUUACCCGGUAACGGUGCACGAUUCCCCGGACGAGCAAUGUGUCAUUGGUGGUGUGUCGGGAUACGGUCGUGUUCCGUUACGCGUCGUCUGUUUGCCAGAUAACUGUCUUGACGUCGGUACUGUACCGGGGACGGAGCCAGAGAGAUAGUCCCGGUGUUAAGUGCUAUUGUUUAUAUGCAGCGGUGACAGACAGACAGACAGACAGACAGACAGACAGACAGACAGACAGACAGACAGACAGACAGACAGACAGACAGACAGACAGACAGACAGACAGACAGACAGCCUUUGGUCAAAUGUCAUGUUGAUGUGUGGCCUUCCUGCAUCGUGUGAUAUCAUCAUGGACAGACAGGUGAAGACCACUCCCAGCUGGUAGAGGUAACGGGACGCAGACGACAGACCGACAUUACAACCGUCAGUGUCGUGGACUGUUACUCCCAGCGAGUAGAGGGAUACAGACAGACCGACAGUCAGACUGGCUAUCAGGCAGACAUCUAGCCUAGUGGAUGGACUUCCUCUGACGUCAAAGCUGACCCAAGCCCGGUCCAGAGAAAGAUGAUCGGUGCCCCAGACGUGGUGGCGUUUACUAAGGAGGAUGAUUUUGGGGAGGUAGGGUACCCCAACCCCUGGGUGGUGCCAGAAGAGUUCUCUGUCCCUCUGUUCCCAUCGGAUAACAACGCCAACCCCUGGGCCAAGACGGCAUACGCCAAGUUCACUAAGGACUUCAUCCUCAUAUCAGAGUUCUCUGAGCAGGUGGGCCCCCAGCCUCUUCUCACCAUUCCUGACGACCCAAAGGUGUUUGGGACCUUUGACCUCAACUACUUCAGUCUGAGGAUCAUGUCUGUUGACUACCAGGCCUCGUUCGUAGGACACCCCACCGGCAGCGGAUACCCACGACUCAGUUUUGUGGAGGACUCCCGGGUGGUGCUGGGUGACUCUAAGGAGGGGGCGUUUGCCUACGUUCACCACCUGACGCUCUAUGACCUGGAGGCCCGAGGCUUCGUCCGCCCGUUCUGUAUGGCCUACGUCUCUGCCGACGAGAGGAAGAUCAUGCUGCAAUUCCAGGAGCUGUCGCUCCUCUUCUCCCGCGCCUCCGAGUGCCUGAAGACCGGAAACCGACGGGCCUUCGCCCGCGAGCUGCAGAGGAAGCUACGGGACCUGGAGUACACACGGUCUGUUCUGCAGAAAGAGGAGGGGCUUCAGCGGGAGGCAGGGCCUCAGGGGUGUUACUCCGCCCGCGCGGUGGACAAGGCCAAUGAGCUUGCGGCGAUGGAGAAGAGUAUUUACGAGCACCGAGACCUGCUGAGGCAGAUCACCUCGUACCCCCUCCGCCCCCGCCGAGACCCCCACGCCGCACACUGUCAACACUGUGUCACCGAGUCACAGAGACAUAGAGACGCGCCGCCCGGCCCCGACCGUGACACGGAGGAGGAGGCGGGACAGAGGAGGCAGUCCUACACCCCGCAGCUGAUCAAGGGGAAGUCGGCCAAGUGUUUCGCCAAGCGUCUGAAGAACCUGACGGAGUUGUGCGAGGAGAGGUUCUACGAGGCCACCGUGGAACUACUCAACCACACAGAGCGGUGUUUCCGGGGGGACUUGUGUUACCUGUACACCCGCCGCCUGGACCGAGCGCUACGCAGGAAGCAGAACGUCACCAACUUCCUGUUUGAGGAGGAGCUAGGGGAGGAGGAAGAGGAAGUAGCGGUGCUGGGAAGAAUCUUCUGUUCUCUCAACCACACAGCGGGGACGGACUCACACAUACUCACCCCUUCCAUCGUGCUUUGCCCCGAGCCACCGGAGUCUGUGGAGGUGAACCCCCCCUGCCCUGAUAACUCUGCCCAGCAGAGUGAGGCCCUGACCGGGGAGGAGAGGCUGGAGUCGUCACUCUCUGAUCUGACCAUGGAGACGCAGGACCAGGAAAGCUCUGAGGAGAAUAAGGACAGCUUUAGUAGUGACAGGAGUGGAGGAGAGGAGGAGGAGGGACGUGAGGGAGGAGAUCAGACCCCUGUUUUUCUGCUGGAGGCUGAGGAGGGGGGCGAGGGUGAGAGACACCGUGUGUGUGAGAGGGAGGGAGAGGCAGAAGGAGUGUCUAACAGAAAGAGGGAGACAGAGGAGGGAGGGGCUGAGACAGAGGAGGGAGGGGCUGAGACAGAGGAGGGAGGGGCUGAGACAGAUGAGGGUGAUGGACAGAGAGUUCCUGAUCCUGAGUUACUGGUCCAGAUGGACACAGCCUGCUGCAUGUCUCAGGAGGGCUUCCUGUACAACUCCUCUCCCCCAGACGCGCUGCCUGCUUCUGGGCUGCAGCCCGGCUCUCUACCCCUUCCCCUGGUGGUCAACCAGGAGCCCCAGGCCCUGCUGCCGGUCCAGGGGGACUACGGGCUGGGUUCCCCCCACUGCCAGAGCCCUGGGGCUGGGCUGGACCUGCCCGUCUCCUCCUCGGGAGAUACCACCUCCAGGGGUUCGGACCAGGACGGGUGGGACUGUACCAUGUCAGCGUCUACGGGGUCCGAACGGGCCGGCUCACCUCUGGGGUACGGGGGGUUGGUAACGCUGAGGCAGAAGAAGAGGGCCGGGCAGGGAGCGCUCAGGUUUGUUCGUCAGUAUCCGUUUGCCCUGCAUGCCCUGUGGUCCCUACUGAGUGGUCGAACCCUGGUUGUCCUGGGAUCUGAGGAGGGGAGGGUCAGGAGGCUGGUGUCCGCUCUGGCCCUCUACGUGCCUGGACCCGGGCGCUGUGGGGAGAGGGUCCAGCCCUGGCUCUCCUGCCCCUUCAGCCUCACUGACCUACAGAGAUGGAAACUCAUAGGACUGCAGAGGAUGGCGUCUCCCGUGGGGACCAGCAUGCUCUGCUCUCUGUCUCGCUACAGCCGUUACAUCUCCGUCCUGGACGCCGACCGGAAGACCCUCCGUUGCCCCGGCUACCGCGGAACCCUCCUGGCCAACGUGGCGGACCACCGAACCCGUCUGCGUCGAGGUUCCACCUACUUCCUUCAUCUCCAGAACGUGCUCAGUGGACUGGCUUCCCGGGCCUUCCUCCUUAGCUUUACGCAUCACCUCCACCUUCCCAUCAGCCACCUGGAGGAGAGACAGGAAGUGGAGGAGAGGACGAGAGGCUUCCUGAGGGAUCAGCUCAGGCUUGGGGAAGACGACUGUUCCAUCCUGAUGUACCUGAGUCAGCUGAUCACACAGCACUACCUGGACAGUACCACAGGAGGAGCUGUUACGACACAACCCCACCUGGAGAAGGAGAACACGCCUGGAACCACACAGCAGGACCUGGACAGUACCACAGGAGGAGCUGUUACGACACAACCCCACCUGGAGAAGGACAACAGGCCUGGAACCACACAGCAGGACCUGGACAGUACCUCAGGAGGAGCCGUUACGACACAACCCCACCUGGAGAAGGACAACAGGCCUGGAACCACACAGCAGGACCUGGAAGCUAACAACAUACUAGACCCUACCACUGGGGGCACUAUAACCCCAGCGCAGUACAUAGACCCUACCACUGGGGGUGCUAUAACCCCAGAGACGGGCCUAGACCCUACCACUGGGUGCACUAUAACCCCAGAGCAGUACCUAGACCCUACCACUGGGGGCGCUAUAACCCCAGAGACUGGCCUAGACUCUACCACUGGGGACGCUAUAACCCCAGAGACUGGCCUAGACUCUACCACUGGGGGCGCUAUAACGCCAGCGACGGGCCUAGACCCUACCACUGGGGGCGCUAUAACCCCAGAGACUGGCAUAGACCCUACCACUGGGGGCGCUAUAACCCCAGCGCAGUACAUAGACCCUACCACUGGGGGUGCUAUAACCCCAGCGCAGUACAUAGACCCUACCACUGGGGGCGCUAUAACCCCAGCGCAGUACCUAGACCCUACCGUCCAUCAGUCUGCUUCUAGGAGCAGAGCUCCACCCAGCUUCACCUUUAACUACACCACCAGUCUCCUAUACAAGAUCUGAUCUGAAACACUGACUGGGGUCGAAUCUCCUGAGAGCCUUCAAGUCCUCUCUACUCACCUCCUCAAAACAACACCGGAGGAGACAGAUCUGCGGUAGAUUCACUCUAGGUUGGAGAUGGGAGGGCCUGUCUCUGUCUCCUAGGUAACCAGGAGAGACUGAGGGCCCGUCUCUGUCUCCUAGGUAAUCAGGAGAGACUGAGGGCCUGUCUCUGUCUCCUAGGUAACCAGGAGAGACUGAGGGCCCG